UGACUGGGACUUCUGGAUGGAGACGGAGGUUGUGCGAGGUGAGAGAGAGUUGGUGUUGCCGGAGGUGUCGAGGACUUCUCAUGGGGGUGUGUCUGGCUCUCACUCCGGUGGUGACCUGGGGAGGUGGUACAGGGAUAAACCUCUCUCCCACCUGCCUCACACUCGUCUCAACCUCACCGCAGUGAGGAGAGAGACCUAUGAAGAGAAUAUAUUGGAAGAGUUGAAGCGAGCUCGGCCUCUCAAUGUAUCAGACCCCUUCCGUCUCGUGAUUCCCAUCAAUCAGAGUGCAGGUGUCUGGUUGGCCCGGGUCAAGAUGAACUACGUUGAAGACAGCAGUGCCUUCAGAAUUCUGGCACAGGCACUGGAAGUGUGGCACGCUGACGCCCGGGAUCACCACUUCGGGCUAUGGAGAAUCCCAUACCAAGGUGUUAUUAUCUUCAUCGUGGGCGUCCCUUACUCCAAGUACAGCUCGCUUGUAGAGGGUGCUGGACAGGUUCUCCACUCAACACCUGCCCUUCAUGCUGCCAUCCUGAACAAGGGCCUUGAGCUAGAGAAUAUGUCUUUGGAAGCCCAUCAGUCCAAUGAUUUCCGCCAUAUCUUAAGCUUGGAUGUGGAGGAGAGGUAAGGAAGUUUUUUUUUUUUUUUUAUUUAGAGAAAGUGUGAUGCUGUGUCGAGACCAAAAAUGUUUGUGGCACAUACAGA